ACCUUUUCAUUUUUAAUAAAAUAAAAUUACUAUUUGUGUUUUGGUAAAAAUUUUUUUAAAUCAGCAAAUUCCAUAAAAGAUAUGAUUGUUAAUUGAAAGGAAACUAAUUACGAAGUGAGAUCCAAUGUUUUCAAGUUUAUCAUACUUGAAGAAACAUACUCCAGAAAAUGGAACUGAUCGUGAAAGUUAUUUAUCGGUAUUAGUGGAUGAAUAUUUAAAUUCAAAUUCUGUUGAUGCUAAAUGCCAAGUACUUGCAAAUUUGGCUAAUUUUGCUUAUGACCCGAUCAAUUACGUAUUUAUCCGCGAUGUUGGUGUUUAUGACAUCUUUUUAUAUGUUAUAAAAAAUGAAGCUAACUCCCAAUUGCUACAUUUUGCAGCAGCUGGGAUUUGCAAUUUAUGUUCAGAUCCCCUGAAUGUUGACUAUUUGAUGAAACAUGAUGGAGUCAAACCUCUGGAAAAUUUGUUGACGUCAACACACAGUGAGACUGUUGCAGAUGUCAUAACUACAUUUAUACAGAUUUAUAACAAUACAUCAAUUUCAAAUGAUUCCCAGGUUAUUCGUCAAAUUGAAACAUUAAAAACAUCAGAAUAUAGAGUAAUAUCAAAUCUCGCACAUAUAUUUUUAGAGACCCAGAAAAAGUCAUGAACAGGAUGCUGUCAAACAGGUUUCCCUACAUUGCAGUCAAUAAUAAAAACUACCAAAAAAUAUGUAAAUUACACACAACAUCAUUUAGCCGAGCAGCAUUUAAAGCUGGUGACAAAAUAAGAAUACAAAAAACCUUAACCCAAAA